AUGAAGCCAAAAGUUAUUACCUUUGGUUUCAGACAAAACAGGGUUUCUGGUACUGCUACCAGGAGGAGCACAAACAUCAUACUAGGAAAACCUGAAUGGGACAAAUCAUCAAUCACCAAAGCAAAAAUCUCUGUUCCACAGAAAAAACCCAAACCCAUUUUCACAACCACACAUGACAAAAAAAUCACAGAAAAUGUGAAUCAUGGAGUGAACAAAAAAAGUGACACAUUCCCAUCACGAGUUGCAGGAAAAACAUCAAAAACAUCAAAGAAGAAUUCCUUGGAGGAGGGUUGUGUUUCAGAGCCCAAAACUCCAGCAGCAGUAGCAGCAGCAGCAGCAUUGUCCCAUGUUAGAACCAAUAUAUCGACACCAUUCCGCACUGCACAGCAUUGUAGCAAAUGCCGCUUUGACAGGCUUGAGACCUCAUCUUAUUGGGUUGGUCAAAUCAAAAUGGCUGAGUCUGUUGGCAAGCAUUUUGUUGCUUCUGACUUCUUCAGGCUUGCUUUGGAAUCUCAGGCUGAGCCAAUUAGGAAACUGCAGAUGGAGCUUAGAAGGUACCUGUUGAGGCAUGAAUACCUUUGGGAGCAGAAGGAAUGGAGAGAAGUUGCUGCUAGCUAUGGAGUGACCUCAGCCACUCAUGAAUCCAAAAAUGGAAGUCAUACCUACCAAGUUGAUGAAACAUGA